GCCCAAGUGGUAAAAGGGGUUUAGUCGCUGGCUAAUUUGGUUUCUGCACCCGCUAUCAAGGAAUGAUCUGACCGUUGUUUUAUUAGCUUCCGAGCUAGCAAGACAGCUAGCUACCACGCCGGGGGCACGUUAGCAAUGUUGCUAGAAAAAUGGCCAUCGUUGCAUGUUAGCAACACAGUAACGUUACUGGUCAGAUAACACCGUUUGCUGCUAACCGUUAGCUUUGAGUCGUUGUUGAGUUGCUGUCGGUCGUGCGAGCUCGGGUCAGACCCCCAAGCAAAACGAGUCAAAGGAGCUAACAUGAGGAUUGUUAUUUGUCGACGAUUGCAUAAACUAGGAGUGAUUGGUAUUGUUUCUCGUUCCCCGUGUCCCCUUGUGAGUCAAUAUCGGGCUGACAUUGUCCCUGCAGUAAACACUCAUGACUAGCGUUAGGUUAUCCUGUCAUGCAUGAAAGUUAUUCAAUGACAUAUUGACAAACUUUCAUGGCGUUUAGACAAAUGUUCAUUUAUUCAACCUUUAUUUAUCCUCGAGAAAUCGUUAAGGGGCGACCCUCAUUUACACUGUCAUCGAGUCAAAUUACCACCUUGCUCAAUAUUAAAUGUACAUUGUAAAAAGCAAAUUACAACUAGUGCUUGCAGGUUAGUAAAAGCAGAUGCAGACCACCUCUCAUCUGAUGGUUUAAUGUUACUGCCAGACGGAGGUUGUAGCAGUGUUGCACAAACCAAGCGGUUUGAAUCUGACCAUCUGUACCCAGACGACAGUGUAGCUUCUGCUGAGAAGAAGGGCGCAAACAGACACAGACUUCACUAGACUAUCAUCCCUACAGGGUGCAGUGGGGCAUUAUUAUGCCAUAAUUGACUGUUUAAAUGAUGUGGUUAUAUUCUUUCUUUUUGUACUAUAAACAAGACCCAUAAAAGACCAAAACAACAAUGACUUUAUCUCACUUAAGUAUUGCCUGUGUAGCAAAUGCCUGACAAAGUCUCAUAGACCUUCCUUGUUGUCCGAGAACUGUUAAAACACAUCAUUGAGUCACGACAUUGUACUGAGUGACAUGUUACUUCAUUAAAAUGAGUGUGGUUACUGUAGUAUAUUUAUGAGUUGAUCCCACGAACACGUCCUGCUGCUUUAAAUACUCACUAAAUCACCAAAUCUACAGUUGCAAACAGCCCCCACCUUGGACAAGGUGCCUUUCUAAAAAAAAAAAAAAAAAAAAAAUAUAUAUAUAUAUAUAUGUUUGUGUGAUUCAUUUUCAAAGAUUUACAAUAGGAACACAUGGGCUUGUGGCUGAGUGUCACACAGACAUGCUGGGAAGUUGGAAAGCAUUAAGAGACAGACUAACAGCAUUGUUUUGGUCUUAUGGGAUUUGUUGAUGAUAACACAAAUAUGGAAUAUCAGCAGCUUUAUCCUUUAAAUCAUAGCUUUGUCUGCCAAUUAAAAUGAUCAACUAGAAGGUGUGUCACAUUGAUGUCUUUGUGUAUCUGCUGUUGCAGUAUGAGGUCUGAUUGUUAUUCAGUGAGUGGGAAGGAUUGCAGACAUUGUGUUUGAUUAAAGCUACAUUCAGCAGCAGCAUGAGCUAGACUGCACUUCCAGUGGGUCCAAUUACAGCACAUAUCUAAUUGAUGUUGGAGUUUAACGUCUGCCCGGCCCAUGAAAUGGCAGAGAGAGAGACUUGGCAUGGAGAGGGCAAUGUUCACAACCUAACUUCAAAUGUAAUGUACUGCCAUGGAGAGUUCGUCAGUCUACAUGUGCUUCCCUUGCUACCAGGAGUUCAACACCCUGGAAGAGGUGCUCGAGCACCAGUUGACGUGCACAGCUGAAGAUGAACAGAUGGAAACACCUGGAACCGACUCUGUCACUAUUCCACUGCUACAGACUCGGCAACAGGUAAUAAAUAUAUCAAAAGCAGCCCCACAGACUCAAGUCCAAACAGUACACUCUGCCGUGCAACCUGUUGUCAAGCAGGCUGCAGUCAGUGCAAGUGUGACAUCAGACCAGCCCAGAAUCCUCUACCAGUGUGGGGACUGUGAUGAACUUUUCAAGAGCCUGGACCUUUGGCAGCAACACCGUAAAGAAGAGACAUGUCAGCAGUCUGCCUCUGGGAGCAAGCUCCCCGACUCAAAACCUGAGCCAGAGACCGCUUCAGCUCAGAGCUCCCAUACAACUUCAAAUCCAGAUGAAACCACAUGUGAAAUCCUUAAACCAGAACCAGUGGAUAAUCUCAUAGCAGAGGAAGAGCAGCAAGUUGCAGAGACCUCUUCAGCUCAGAGCUAUGAGCCACCUCCUGCUUCUGAGGUGGCUGCCUCGACCUCAAAUCAAGAGGAUUCGUCUCCCAGGAGGAGAGGGGCAAACAAAAAGCCUAAGCCUGAACCAGUGCUGCUGUGUGUGGACUGUGGCUCAUGCUUUGGCCUGGUGUCUGAACUAGUGGCCCACCGUAAGACACAACAUGGCUUUGAGGAAGCUCUGCACCGCUGCUCUGUGUGUGGGGAAAGCUUUCUAAAUACCACACUUUUUCUUUACCACCGCAAGCAACACCGGCAGAAAGGCGAAGAAAAGGUGGUUGUGGAUCCCGAAGAGACAUCAGAGGACGUUUGUGCUCAGAGCAACAGGACUGAUGAGCAGGGCCAGGAUGCCACUCCCUCCACCACUAGUGUCACCUCCAGUUUCACACAGCCUGAUUUGUUCAUGUGCACCCAGUGUGGGGAGAGCUUCAGCGACGAGGGAGGGCUGGGCACCCAUCGUAAGCAGUGCCAUGGCCUGAAGGAGCCACUACAUAGUUGCCCCCAAUGUGACGAGACCUUCAUGAACACCACCCAGUACCUGUACCAUCGCCGGCAGCACCGCUCCACGUCAGGCACAGAAGUGGCGGAUGGAGCUGAAACUGGUGUUGAAAAAGUCACCACUAAAGCUCAGGAUACCCCACAGAGCUCAAAGCGGCUGCUCUCCUCGCCUGCCUCUGCUAGUGAAUCAGGUUCACCCCUUCCUAAGAAAAGUAGACCCUCUUUCAGGAUCCUAAGUGGCAUUAGUGCGCUCAAAGGAAACAAAGGCACCAAAGACGAAUUGGAGGCCAGCACUGCAGCAGACGCGGACAACACCAACCACCCUCCACCUGCCAAGCUGCUGCAGGACUGGGCACGCACACCACUACCCCAUGUUUGCCCUUACUGUGGCAAAACCUUCACUCGACGCGUCUUCCUCCGCACCCAUGUCUACAGCCACACCGGAGAAAAGCUUUUUACGUGCAAGGUUUGCACAAAGUCCUUCACUAACUCCCAGAGCCUGCUGCGCCACAGCAUGAGCCACACGGACAACAAGCCCUUCAUCUGCGAUGUUUGUUGCAAAAGCUUCUCCCAGGCAGCCACCCUGAAGAGACACCAACGCAUUCACACAUCGACACAGCCUCGGCGCAAGCGUGGACGCAAGCCGGUGUGUACUUUGGACAAUGAGGGAGCGGCUCAUCUCUUCUCUUGUCCUCACUGUCCGUCACGGUUCAACACAGAGGAUCAGCUUGAACAUCACAAACUGCUCCACACCAGCCAUCCAUUCCCAUGCCCCGAAUGUGGAGAGGCCUUUAAACGGAGGAGAGACCUGGACCUGCACUCACUCACUCACCAAGACAAGCAGCCAGCGACGUGUCUUCACUGUUCAUCCCAGUUUGUGAACCAGUCAGUGCUGGAAAUUCACAUGCAGCGUUGCCCUACCUCAGAAGAGGACAAGAACACUGGUCGUGGACGGGGUCAGGGCCGGGGACGUUGCACUGGACAGGUCGAGUGUGACCUAUGCGGCCACCGUUGCAUGACCCAGGAGGGCCUCGACCUCCAUCGGUUGUCCCACACGGGCCAGACACCUCUCAAAUGCCCAGUGAGGCCUUGUCGCCGCAGAUUUACCUCCAACAGUACCCUGGAGGAGCACGUGCUGGCCCAUUUCCAAGGAACGCUUGGCAAGUCCAAAAACCGACCCCGCUUCCGCUGUCAGAUUUGCCACAAGGAAUUUGCCUACAAUUCCACCUUCAAUGUUCACAUGAGGACGCAUACUGAUGAGAGGCCCUUCGAGUGUGUCACAUGUGGCAAACGCUUCCGCCAGCUGCCCCAUCUGCAGGACCACGAGCGCAUACACAGCGGCCUGCGACCUUUCUGCUGCUGGAUUUGCGGUAAGAGUUUCAGCGUGGCCGCCCGGCUCACCGAGCACGCCCGCACCCACAGUGGGGAGAAGCCCUACCCCUGUCACCACUGCCCUGCUGCCUUCCGCUCUCGCUCCAACCUGGAUAAACACAUCCGGCUACACGGAGACCUGCCUGUGGAGAACGCUGAGCAGGAAGCACAUGCAGCUGAGGCUGCCCAUGUUCAGAAGGUGCUGGAGGGGGCCAAGGUGCUGUCUUCUCUGGCCAACACAGGGGAGAUUGAUUCUGGCUCAGUGCAGACCAUCUAUGUACUGCAGGGGGCCGAAGGAGGUACUGAGACGGUCAUGAUCCCGUCGGAUCAGUUCAGUGGCAUUGACGGCACCUCACAGGUUGUCAUCCUGCCCUCCUCUGUUCUGGGAGCUCAGGGCAUUACUGUUCCCACAAUCACCAUGGAUGGAAAUGAAAUCACCAUGGUGGAGACAAGCCAAUCACCGCAGCAUGCCAUUGAGUUCAUUGUGGAGGAAACUGUAUAAAUGGCAGAUUAAAAACUAUUGUGGAAAGAGCAACACAGUAGAGAAAGAUUAGUUGAGAAUAUAGACUGUUUGAGUUAAAAGUUUGCUAAUUGAAGCAUAUGGAGUUAUUACCCAAUUUUAUUUAUAUAGUUUGAUAGAUUUCGAAGCCAGUUUCAACAAAAGUCCUGUAGUAAUAACAAUUUUACUUUUCUUGAGCAGAAAAUGUAAAAACAUUGUUCAAACUGUGUAAAACUAAUAAAUCAAAGGUUCAUAGACAGAUGAUAUUGAAUGUACCUUCAAUUAGUCUUUCAAACUGACUGGAAAAACGAUCGACCCUCAGUUGUUUACAGACGGGUAUUUACGGCCCCUAUUUAUUAGGGGAAGACAAGUGGGGGCCCAUUAAAUGUCUUCUGCUUUCGUUAUAAUAAAAUGCUUCAGCUUUCACACU